AAUUUGUUAUUUCGCAGACGGCUUUCGAGGAAGACACAUGCAAGCGAGCAAAUAAGCGCCGGACGAACGCAGACGAGCAGAACCGUACAGUGAGCGCGUGUGAACGCUAUUUAAAUGAGUGUAUACCAUGAAGUGUAUAGUUGGCGAAGGAGAAAAAGAUGCUAAGAUAUUUAGAUCGGAAUGAAAAGAAAUAUAAUCAAAAAAUUUUUACAACAUUCAAAAAUAGCGCUAUUAAAUAACAGCAAUAAUCGAAAAACUCGCGCAAGGCGGCAAAAGAUAAACAAAACGACGUUAAUAUCGUGGUCUCAAUGCAUACAUACUAUAUAAAUAAAUAAGUAUAAAUAAACAGAAAGCAAAAACGAAAAUGGAAAAAUCACAAUUGCCGCUUGCGUUGCGGCUAGCGAAGUCGUCAAGCAACGAGCGCCAACAUUUGAAGUGAAUUUUAGUGGUGCGCGCCAAGUGUACGGAAACACGCCUACUUACCGCCUCGGUGGCACUUUAGUGAAAAGUGGUUUUGAAACUAAACUGUUUGUGUUUUUUAAGCACUUUGCACAACGUCACUAAAAUAAUUGACCUUUAACAGUGGGUGCGAAGAAUGUUUUUAGCACCAAUUCGUGUGUCAGUUAACGUUGAAAGUAAUAAAGUUCACCCAAUUGAUUUUUUAUACAAAUACCAGUGCUCGCUCGACGGAUCUAUAGUGAUUUUGCAGCAAGUCUCCAAAGUAUAAACAAAUUCGUAUAUACAUACAUACAUACAAACAUACUAUAAGUGCUUACAGCUGCGACCAGUUCAGGUGAACGCGUGAAAGGAGCCCGUGUAGCACAUUUUCAAACACACACACACACACCUACAUACAAGUACUGAGUUUGGGGCAUACAACAAAAAAUAAAGUUAAAAUAAAAAAAUUGCAGCAAAAAAGUUGCAAUUUUGUGCACCAUAAUUCGAAAGCGUGCUACAAGUGCGCGCGCAACAACAACGUAUAGUGCAACAACCACCAUUCAACGUUCAACAAUAAACAACCAAUACCACCACCACCACCAUCAUCAUCACCGCACAUUCACCAUAACCCCCUUUUCCAACAUGUCACUACAAACCAAACGGCAGCACUGUUACCUAUGCGAUCUUCCUCGCAUGCCCUGGGCCAUGAUCAAUGACUUUUCGGAAGCUGUGUGUCGCGGUUGUGUCAACUAUGAGGGCGCCGAUCGCAUCGAACUUGUAUUGGAUGCAGCGCGUCAAAUGAAACGCUUACAUCAGGCAGCCAAACGUAGUCAUGAGAAUGGUGAAGUUGUCGUACAACAACAACAACAACAGCAGCAAGCCCAACAGCAACAACAGGCCGCUGUAGCGGCUGCACAAGCGCAACAUCGUAGCGCUAGCGGUGCGCCCAUAAGUGUGGGCGUGGGUGUGGGCGUUGUUGGUCCCCAACAACAGCAACAACAUCAUCAUGGCUAUGCGACACAACGCAUCGGUCCACCCCCGCCACAAGCUACCAGUCUUAUGGAUUUCCCAGUGAAAAUGGAGGCGCACGACGCCAGCGUACGUCCGGUGCGUAUCUCACACAUGGCACCGCAUCACAUGUCGAUGACAAAUCGUGCUGUUGCAGCAGCAGCAGCGGCUGCCGUCGCCUCAAAUGUGGGCGUUGUGGGUCCAGUGCCACCAGCGUUAUCGGUGAAUUUGAAACGUCCACCCUCCGAAGAUGAUGAUCAUGCACAUGUGGGCGAUGGCGGCGGUGGCGGUGUCGCUGGUGGUGGACCGAGUGUCAUGAAGCGUAGCGCCAUCGAUGAUCCGAAUAUACCACGUCCACCACUAACACGCGGCGAAUCAUUACCGGCUGCUGUUUCCUUUGUACCCGAUAGACAAGCAGGUUUGCGCGAUAAACAUCAACCAGUGCGUGCGCCAUCCUUUGAUGCAUCCUCCUUCAAACCGGGUGUUUAUGUGCCGCCCAUGCCACAUCCGGUUGUGCCGUUAGGCAAUUCGACGUCACCAGCUUUGUCGUCAUCACAACAACAACAGCAACAACAUUCACAACAAAUAGCACUACAACAACAACAACUACCACCUCAAUCUCUAGCACCACACCAGUCAAUAGCACCACCACCUCUGCCACAAUUACCAACAACCGCCUGUUCAGUCACUCAAUUAGCACAAAGUCCGAUGGCUAAUCUCAUGUCUAUUACAGAGACAUUACCACCGGGUAGUCCACGGAAUGGACCCAGCCCACCGGGACCACCGCCGCCGCGCACAGCAUCACGCGGCAGCCAACAUUCACCGAAUAGUUCGGCCGGUUCAUCGUCCGGACGACGCUCUUCAGGAUCGCGUCACGUUUCGAGCACUACAGUUACCAGCUCCGAAGUGCAAUCGAGUCCAGCGAAUACACCACAAGUUGGUCCGGGUAGUGGCAACAAUGUUGGAGGAGGCGGUGGCAACGGCAACAAUGCAGGAGCAGUAAGUGUAAGUAGUGGUAGUGGCGGUAAUUCUGGUGGAAAUAAUGGUCCACUACCACCUGGCGGAAAUGUUGCCGAUGGAAAUGUUGGCGGCAGCAGUAACGGCGGCGGUCCUGGUGGAAAUAACAGCAAUGGUCAAGCCUCUGGCGGCAUGAAUUCAGCAAACGGAACAUCAGUUGGUGGCACGCCAGCAUCAAAUGCGGCAGCAGCCGCCCAAAAUGCCACACUUAAGUGCACGUUAUGCCAGGAAAGGUUAGAGGAUACACACUUCGUGCAGUGCCCGUCGGUUAAUCAUCAUAAAUUCUGCUUCCCCUGCAGUCGAGAGAGCAUCAAGCGUCAAAAUGGUCUCGGUAACGAGGUAUACUGUCCAAGUGGCGAUCGCUGUCCAUUAGCAAAUUCGACGAUUCCAUGGGCCUUUAUGCAAGGUGAAAUUACCACUAUACUGGGUGAAGAGGUAAAGGUGAAGAAAGAGCGUGAAUCUUAA